GCCCACUGUAACCUCAAGGGGGAGGGGAAUGGGACUAGUUAGCAGUCAGCGAGCCCUGUAACUCUGCCCCCAGUCUGUCUUCAGGCCACCGCCGCACUGCCUCCAGGAUCCAGGCUCUCUUCCUUGUGUUGUUUUUCAGGUCCGAGUUCACGGCUGCGUUGCUCUCUUUAACUCCUGCAUCAACCGUUCAGAGCCUUCUUUCUCCUUUUCUUCUGUCUUUUCCUUCUUCCAUCUGCUCUUUUCCCACGACAUUCACCGUCGACAUCUUCGAUUCCCUUACAUUGCCUUUUGGCCUCUUUCAGCCGCGUCUCCUUUCUCCGUGUCCGCGUAACUAUUUUAUUCUCGCAGCACUUUGCUUACCUACAAUUUCCCGGCUGCAACGCAAGCGUGCUCGCACCCAACUCUGCGCCCGCGCUACGAACGUUCACAUCGCGACCGCCUCGAAAACAACAAACAGCGCCGUCGAUUGCCAUCUCGUCGCCUUCACAAGUCUUCCCAGUUACCUCGUCUCCCGUUGACUCCCGGCUUGGAGUCAAAGACUCGCCAUCGUGGCCAACCACUCAAGACUAGAAUCUCGCAAGUCCUUGCUGGGUGCCGACCCGGGCUUCUCUCAGCAAGGGCAGCAGUACCAGCACCAGCAGACCUCGUCAUACGAUCAAGCUCAGAACUAUGACAACCACAACUACAGUACCCAGACCUAUGGAAACAACUACGCUCCAAACUACCAGGGCGGAGCUCCCGAUCCUUAUGCGCAGCCGAGCUUACAACAGCCAGCCUAUGCAGAAAACGGUUAUAUGGGCGAUGACUAUGGGCAGGGCUAUGCUGGGCGAGAAGGACUUUCCUCUCGCGGCAAAACCCCUGCCUCUUCCCACCAUGGUGCCUUCACAUUCAUGAAGUCAAAGUGGCCGGCUGCUUUCAUGGGCGUCACGCUGCUGCAAGCAGCCAUCUGCAUUGCUUUCGAAGCCUACAUUUUUGCAAAGUUCCAAAAUAGUCUAGGGCGGAUUCCACCUCCCAAUCCCGGUGACCAAAGUUCGCUAGACGUGAAUGCUCAAGUCAAGACCAUUCCUACGUUUUCAACUCUUAUCAUUUUCGGCUAUUUGUAUGAGCUGGUAAUUGCUUGGGACGCUGUACGAAUGAAAAACACCAUUCAGAUCAUUGGUGUUUGCAUUGCAAACGUCGCAUUGCUGAUCUAUACCGGACUUCAAAUCGACCAGAUCAAAGGUGCUGUUGACAAAAUUAGCGGGGGUUAUGCCCUGGCUCCGACGGUUACAUCACAAAUGCUUUGGGCCAACAUCAGAGCUUUCUUGUUCACCAUUCCUUGCGUGAUCGCCGUUGCUACCAUUGGCAUGGCCUUCAUUGCUUGGAAAUUAUAUCAGGAAUUCGCUUGGGAUAUUCUCAAGACUAUUGGCGCCGACUACCGCAUGAAGAAGCGAUUCCUGCAUUAUCAGAUCUACAUUGCGUUGCUCAAGUUCGACUUCUUCUUCUUCUUGGGUUUCAUCAUCCAAUUCGUCGUUGUCGUCGCCGCAACCACCGACCCCGAAUUCGCCCUGACGGUUGCCACAAUCCCCGUUACAAUCGUCAUCCUACUAGUCGCUGCAUGGUUUACCAAGAAGGAAAACAAGGUGGGCAUGGUUUCUGUCCUAAUUCUCUACCUAGGUGGCCUGAGCUACUUCAUCUUCAAACUUCACCGUAUCUACCAACCUGGAUACGACAGGCUGUACAUGCCUGUCCGCAAGUCUAUGACAGCCUUUGCCGUCAUCACCAUUCUUCUCAUUAUUUUGACCAUUACCAAUGGUCUCAUUUGCUUGAGCAAUUUCGACAAGGGACUCAAGCCUCAUCUUGAGGCAAAGCGACAAACGAAGGAGAACACCGAUCAAAACUCGUACAGCAUGCAGGAUUCCAAGCCCCAGCUUGGCAGUCGCAUGAUUAUCGAUUAAGCUGCUCCGAGAGCAUGCAGCAAGCAGCUAGCCGUUGAAUACAGUUGCUGGUAUACACAUGUACAAAUUUGACGAAUGAAUUUAAUGAUAGAAAAAGCCUGGAUAGCAGUCGGAAUUGUCGAUGACCUUUGGCCGUGCGCGAGCGUUUAGCUUAGGAGCCGUGUAGCUUCCAUAUUUAGAACACACUCUCUUGUCAACUGAAUUGAAUCUCUUUUUCUGUAAUAUGAAUAAUAAGUAAGAGUGAGUAAAACCAGGACCAGCUCCAGAGCUGCUAUGAUCAUUGUGAACAAGAAUGUCCCUUUCGGACUAGGUGCUAUGAAACGCCGAAUAACUGUGAUAAACCAGACUGAGCAACCGCCGUGCUGUUAAACCAAAUACGCCAACGAAAACAGAAAAUGCCAAGUAGGCACCGCCUUGCCCGCAAUCUUCAUAGCGUAAUUUUAACAGCGUCUUUAAGUUGUCCUUCGGUAGGGCAGUAAGGGCAUUUAUAUCGCGUUCCCUUUGCUAUAUUCUGCAAGGACUCCUUGCAAAGAACAUGGCCGCAUGGCAACAUCACAGCCGGAUUUGUAGCAGUGGUUUGCUCUUUGCUGACUGGACAGACAAAGAUGGGGUGGUAGAUCAUCGACUCGGGAAGAGGGGUUUCAAACGCAAGCUCGUUCUCUGUUGUCCAUUCUGUCUUCUUCUCCUUCAUAUAGGUCGUGUACUUGAUCAACCGCGGCAGUGCGAUGGAUCCAGCUGUGACUGCAAUGUAGAGCGGAGAUUCGGCAGAUAGGCCGAGAAGCGAGCAGAAUUCGCGAGUAAAGGAUGCGGCCACAUCCUCAAACGCAGACUCAAUUUCAAAUAUUUGUCUGUAGGGAGAGGAUUGUAAAUUGCUCGCAUAGACCAUGGCACAGCAUAGCUGUUGGAUUUCUCGAAGAUGGCGGGCUUGGAAUGGUGCAAAAUGCUGUCUGGCGUAUUUAAGCGCUCCAGCUUGCCCAUUAUACUGGUCGUCCGGUAAUCCGUUUACUUCGUGACCUUUGAAGAGCCAGACAAACUGCAACUUGCUCAGCUCAAAUUCAAGAUUGCUUCCCUUCUCCUCUAGCUCAGUAUUAUGCAACCUUGCCCAGCCUAUGGCGGGGCCGAGAUUCUUGUUUUUGAGCUCGGAAAGAACGCUGUACAUUUCUGAAAACUUCUCCUGUAGGCUUUCAUGCUGCGCUGCAAUCAUCGUGUCGAACUCUUCACGCUGCAUAUCAUCAUCGCCGUCGCGGUCAACGUCCGGUUCCAAAGGGUCGUCUUUAGCUUCUUUGAGAAAUGUCGAUGCAACAUCAAACUGCCCUUCUCGUAAUAAAUGCAUGGCGAUCGCUCGGUUAAUUAAAGUCGGAUGGUCGGCCAUGGCGUCGGCUUCCAUGGGCAAUUCGCGGAGGG